AUGAGUACGUACUUGAGGAGUUUCAUAUCAAAAGGAGUGCUGACGGCGAUCGAAAACGAAGAAUCGUUGCUGUAUUUAACGGAACUGAGGCAAAUCACCGCGGUCCGCAUCACUGUGGUUCCCAACGAAUGUACCGUCCAGGAGUUGAUCUCUCUGGCAAACGUGCUCUUCAACAUUAUUCAAAAUACAAUACAAGCAUACUUUGGAUGCCCGGGCAAGGCGUAUUUGUACGAGAAGGACAUCUCAUUUCAAAUUAUGUACGGGAUGAAGGGCUACGAAAGUGACGGCGAGUACGAUAACGCAAAGAAUGGAUUAUUGUCAGCGUCUCACAUGAUGAAGGAAAUAAGACGCAUUUCUAAUGUCAAAACGAUUCUCAUUGGCGUCUCGACCGGGAUAGCAUUCUGCGGAGUAGUCGGCCACAGUGUCAGAAGACAGUACAUGGUUUUCGGUACGCCUGUCGAUAAGGCGAAAUCCUUGACGAUGAUUUCGCUCGACAAGAUAUCUUGCGACUAUGAGACCUUUCUAAGCAGUGCCUUGCCCAAAGAGAAAUUUCGUACGCAGGGUAUGAAGAUGUUGAGGAAAAUCGGGAAAUGUCACGUCUAUGAAUUCCUGGAUGAAGAGACGACGAAAAUCAGAUUAUCGAACUUAGAAUAUGUUUAUCCCAUUCUUGGUCGAUGCAAGGAAAUGGAAUACUUCAAGGACAUCUUGGACGAUAUCGGAGUGGCAGGGCGAGUUUAUGCUGGACUGCUCAUGGAAGGACCCGAAAGAUGUGGCAAGUCGAGGAUUCUCGACGCUUUCGUUACGAUCGUUCGAAACAGACAAAUAAAACUCGUACAACUUUCUUUACAUCCGUCCUACGCGCAGAAGAUUUAUGCUACGCUGUACGACGUGUUCCUUCAACUUUUCGAUGCUGAAAAUUUUUCGACCAUCAAGAAUCGCGAGAAGAUUAUAUCGCACAAGCUCUCCGAGGUACUAAAUCCAGAAGAUUUCUGUUACUUCAACACCAUCAUGAGAGUACAGUUCCCUUUAUCGAAGGAAUAUUGCCAGGACAACGACUGGCAGCGUCACAAUAAGACCAUCGAGAUGUUCGACGUGAUAUUAAACGAGGUCAUUGGUUGCGUGUGCAUCCUCUUGGACGACAUACAAUACAUGGAUCUCCUAUCCUGGCAGUUUUUGUCCUACGCCUUGAACAACAGUCGCGUGGUUAUAGUUAUGACGAUGACGAGACACGUCCCUUGGAAUGAUCUGUUUCAAGUCGAGAACAGCAUCUUUCGAGACAAGAGACUGAUGAUCAAAACGUUGGACGAUUUGGAGCCUAAAUACUUGGCAGCGUUCGCCUGCCAAUUCUUGAACGUCGUCGCGAUUCCCAGCACUUUCGAGAACUGGUGCGAGGCAUUUCUGAUGUCAGCCAUACAAGUGAACGCGUUCGAGACUGUCACGAUAUCACCCGCGGAAGCGACUAAGUAUGACCUCGUUUUUCCGGACCAGUCGCUGUUGUCGAAGAUCCCGAUGUACUUGAUGCCCGAAGAAAUAGCACCGCCGUUACACUGGACGCAAAUGAGCAAACUGACCGUGUGCGUACCGUCGAAGAAUACGAAAGAUGUCAUCGAGCUUAACCGAGACACAACAGGAUUGAGGAUCGACAUCUACAACAGAAUGAAUCCCUACGAGCAAGCUUUCGUCAAGUGUGCGGCAACUAUCGGCCACAGCUUUCAAUCGAAAAUGCUGGACACCGUGAUGGCAAACGCUACGCCGAUAUACACGCUGAGAGGAAAGUGAUUAUUCACCAUUAAAAAUGAAUUUCGCAAUUACUUGACUAUUCUCCUCGUUGCUUCAGCCGUGGCAGAGAUGAUCAGACUGAGGAUCUUAGAGUGCGCUAUGAUUCAGAAGAAAUUCUACUACCUGAACGAUUCCGUCUAUUACGUAAUGAAAAAGCGGAGAACGUUCAGCAACAUGCAUCAUUUGGUGACUUGCGAUUGUCAACCGAUCCCCGCGUAUAUCAAGAAAUUGCAACCGUACGCUUACUGCAAGGUGUUGGUCUUCACGAUAACUUCCUUUCAAAAAUUGUUUUACGAAACACUCUCGCCGUACGAGAAGAACGACUAUCACGUGAAGAUAGUGGGAAUGUACGAGAAAGACGCCACGAAAUGCAGCACCUGCGGCGAAGAGGAGUUUUUGAAAGCCGUCUCGAUAGAAGUGGACGACACAAACAAAAGAGCAAUGCCGCAGAAACGGGAUUCUAAGUUCGAGCCCAGACGAAGUAUCUUUAUCACCAACGACGAAGACGAUAAAAAGCGAGAGAAUAUGACACGCAGAGUUUCAAUUCUACCAGGACUUGUCAACGACGCUGUCGAACAGACAGACGACCAAGAAACGGAGCAUGUGUCCGAUUCUGCAAAGACCAAACGAUCCUCUACUCUCGUCGACUUGAUAUUCGAAGAUCCAUGGGACAGUCGUUUGGAGCAAUUCAGCUAUGUGGAUUACCGCAAUUGCAGAUGCAUAGACAUGAUUAGUUUCGUGUUUUGGAAGUUGCACCAGCACAUUAUGCACAUCGGUAACCAUUUUCACCUAACGCCCUCUCCUCGAAACGACGAUCACGAUUGUUACAAACAUUCACCCUUCAGACGAUCCUGGCAACCUCUCUUUGCGAUCAAGUCUCUGUCGGCCUUAAUCGAGAAUUCGGAUACCGCGAAGGAGGAGCAGAUCAAAAUUAUAAAUGAACCUGCUAAUAAAAUCAAAUACUUGAUUCUAAUGGGAGAUGCUCACUUUGCCUACGGAAAUUAUUUCGAAGCGAAGAGAUUUUACACGGAGGCCGUGACGUUGAGAGGUCAUCUGCCGCAGAACAGCAAAGCGAUCUGUUGCAGCAUCAUGUUGAAGCAAAUACGGUACAACGUGUCAGGCUUUUGCAAGUACAGCGAACAGUCGAAGGAGAAGAUUGUUGAGAGAGUUGAGCUGGCUAUCGCCUUGCAACGACUGGCUGUAGUUUCGUUGGCGCAGAACGAAACGAAAAUGGCGAAGUUCGCUAUUCUGCAGAGUCUUCGAUUGGUUUUCGAGAGCCGUGACUGUUUCCUGGAGAAGGGCGAGAUUUAUUUGUCCGCGGUGAAAACAUAUCAACAGAUGGGGGAAAUGUACGUGGAGCAAUUGGAGCAACCUAUGUUGCUGACUAUUAAAGAGAAGGUUACUUGGAAGAGGCCGGAAGAAGUGAUCUUGGUGGCUCAGAUCUAUCAGACGAUAUACAAAACUAGGAUACUGCAGGGCAAACUGACGGAAGGUAUCGAGAUUGGGAUAAAUAUCUGCAAGAUAUGCAACAAUUUGCAAUUGAACGAUUUGAAGCUCGCUGUACUACCGUCGCUGAUUGAAAUUAUGGUGUGGACGAAGAAGAUAAACGAAACUGUCGAUUUGAUGUACGAGUUGUAUCAUUUCUCCAAAACGGACGUGGAUAAUACUGCCAUCACGUGGUACUACGCACUUUGCAUGGAACUGUUGUUGGACGCUGCCAUGAUAUUGGAACCAUACGAGGCUUGCCACGAUUUCUACGCCAGAAGAACUCGAUCGAGCAACAUUAAAACGAUUAUAAAGUCCCUUCAUAAUGCGUCCAGUUACGCGCCAUUUGUGAAACCGUUCUUGUACCUGUUACAAUCCUACAUGGAGAUCGUGCAAGGUAGAAAGAUAUUGUCUCGAAUGAACAUGAAGAAGUCGCGUAAAUUCGCUACGGCUCAGGAGAACAAGCUGGUCCUGGCUUUGCUGGAGCAGAGCAAGAGGACUUGGGAGGAGAGUAAAUAUAACAAUAUGGCGCAAUACUGGGUGGAGAACGUAGGUGUCGCGCUCGGAAUCGAAUGGCAGGAGAUCCACUUGUUGAGCGUGAGCUCUUGGUCAACCGUACUGUACCCACUCCCACCUCCGCACUCUAAUUAUUAA